AUGAGUUGUUUUCUAAACAUGGUGACGUCUUCGGACGUCAUCGUGCCCAGAAGAGAAGAACAGCAACAUCAGCAUCAUCAUCAUCAGUAUUAUAACGGUGGCGAGUACGGAGGGGGGAUGAUGACGACGAGUGUAGCGCCUCGAAUACGGGUUGAAAUCGCGAACGGGAUUCGGAAAGGCGAGAAGUUCAUCACCGAACUGAGCGGAUGCGAACGGGUUCGAGAUUUCGUGUCCAUGAAGUUAUGCAAGAACGAAUAUUUGCGAGGAAAAGAGGUGAAAGUGUACUUGGACGAGUACGAGUUGUUAGGGGACACGAGCGUGGACGUGUUAGGGCACGAAGAUAAAAUAUUCGUGGUCGUUUGCGACGACGAGGGUGACGAGAUGGAAGAGGAGGAAGAAGUCGACGACGGUUUUGCUCGAGUACGAGCCGAGUUGGAGAAGCGCGAAGAGGAGAAGAAGAAGGAGGAGAAGAAGAAGAAGAAGAAGAAGACAACAUUAAAUAUGAAAAAGGAGACGAAUAAUCGAGGGACGCGCAUUGUAAAUCAACAACACGAACGAAAGCAGAAGAAACAUAAUCUCGAACACUCGCUGCGGAUGGCGCCGACGAUGGUAACGAUGAAAAAGGUGCAGAAGAAGAUGGCGACGGUUCCAUCGAAAAAGGACGAGCGUCCGAGACUUGCCGCGCAGAUGGUCUACGCGUCGAGUUCCGAGGAGGACGAUGACGACGGUGACUCGCACGGAUUAGAAGAGUUAUCGUCCGACGAAGACGGGGGAGAUCCGGAGUUUUUUGUACGAAACGUGGGUGUGCAGAAAAGCUCACGUUCGUCAAGGAAGAAUGGCACGCCAAAUUCAAAAGAGAAGAGAGCUGAAUUACCGAAGAAAAAGAAUUGGCAGUCGCGCUUAUUACGAAAUGCAGAGAAACCAGAUUGGAUGUGCAGAGGAGCCGGGUUCAAGUGGUCUUGCACAGAGAAGAAAGCGCCGGGGAAAUCGGUUUGCGAAAAGCAUUCGAGGAUGCCGAAGUGGUCCAAAGCUCCUGUCGCCCCACCACCACCGCCCGCAAAAAAAGCUGGGAAAACGCUCGAAAAGCUGGAAAACGCUCGAAAAGCUGCCGCUUCGAGUGCGCUUACUUGCGAGAAAUGCGGCAAGGUUUGUAAAGGUCAAGGUCCUCUGACGAUGCACGUGCGAUCGUGUAAAGGCAGCGACUCGAGUAUCGCCGCGUCGCCAGCCGCCGAUGAAACGAAGAAAGGUGGGCAACCUCCCUUGUUGAGAGGAAAGCGCGUUCCCAUCAAAUUGCUUCGAAAAUGCGCGAGAAAUGGCGGCGUGAAAUCAAUAUUAGCAGAGCUUGUGGUGAACUACCGCAUUGGUGCGCGCUCAAAUGUGCCUGUAACUGCGAUGGUACCAGCACAAACCCCGGUCGCGACGGCGAUUGCGCCUAUCCUAGCAUCAGUCGCAGAUGCCGACAAAAAGCUAAGUGAUUUGAUGGCCAUCGCGAAGAAGAAAGCUGAAGAUACGAAAAAGCGUCUGGAACACGAGCUACGAGUUGAGGGAGAAAAACUCGAAAAGGCGAAAAAAGAGGAACUGGAAGAACGGAAACGCCUGGAAGCGUUAAAGAGUAAAGCCGAAAUCGAGCGAUUAGAAGCUGCGAGAAAGAUGGAGGAGGAAAAAGAAAAGCGAAAAGCAGAGGAAGAGCGAAGAGUCGCCGCAGAGGCGGAAGCGAAAAGAGUCGAACGCGUACGAGUCGAAGAAGCCUUGAAGAUGAAAGCCGAGCAAGAAAAGAAGGCAGCGGCUGAGUGCGAGAAAGUAGAAGCAGCUAGACAAAAACAAAUUGAAGAGGCGCGAUUAGAAGCUGCGAGAAAGAUGGAGGAAGAGGUUCGAUUGCAAGCUGCUAAGAAGAAAAUGGCAGAGGAGGAAGAAAAAAGGCGCCAAGAAGAGCACGAGAAACUUGAAAAAGAGAAGAAAGUGAAUGAUGAAGCUCGCCGCGGUAGGAGCAAGGACGCCACCGUCGAAAGACAAGAAAAGGAGGUUGAAGAAGUUACGCCUUUGAUGAAAUCGAGCAUCGUGCUGAAACCGGGCGAAGUUGCUUGCGGUGCACCCACGAACAAGCAAGUUAUGUGCCCGUAUCCUGCAAAAACCUGUCCAUGGCACAUCCACGGAGACGGCGAUGACAAGGAUGACCAAGUUCAUCACAAUCGUCGUCAUCUUCUCACUUCGGGCGAUAUCGGUCCUUCGCUGAAGGGAAAGUGGAUAUCAGUCUUAUGGCCAGAUACCGGAGAAUGGUUCGACGGUGAAAUUUUGAAUAUGAACAACUCCACCGCGAAACUGUGGUACCCAGCGGACGACCUCGACGAUGCCACGCUCGGUGAAAGGGAAGAUAUCAAUUUAGAGGAGGCUAUUGAAGGCAACGAAAUAUCUUGGCCGCUGGUAGCAAGAAAGCCUUUGACUUUGCAAGCCAAGUUGGUCGACGAAACGUCUUCCCUUGAUAUAUUGAGAGACUACAUUACUUCUUGUGGCGGAAAAUUAGAAGGCAACUGGUCCGUGCAAGUUAAAGUGCGUCAGAGCGGCCAGUCUGCGUUAACUGGACACGUCGAUCACUACUUCUUUUCGCCAGAGGGGAAAAAAUAUCGCUCGAAAGUUGAAGUCGCGCGCGCUCUGAACGUCCCAAAGCUUCCGAAAUCAGCGAAGAAGAGAAAGGUAGUGUACAAUAAAGACGACGACAUCGGCACUCCGCCGCCAAAGAAUCGCAAAGAAACGCAUUCACAACGACUGUCGGAUAAAACAGCAGCAGCAGCAGCAGUAGCAGCAGCCACAACAGCAGCAACUCCGUACGGGUACGGGUCCCCGGAGGCCUCUCCCGACUAUUUUCUUCAACGAAGCUUUGAUGGUGAAAACGAGACGAACCUCAGCGACUCGUUUUUGACGAAUACUACUAAUAUUAAUACCAUCAUCACCGACGCGAUCACCAACGUCGACGAGAAAAUAAACCAACAACAGGGAGGAGAAUAUAAUAACAGAAACACUACCGACAGAGACGACAACGCGUCGUCUCCGUUGCCGCCGCUGUUUAAGAAUAAAAGCGGCGAGAGGAUGGAGUUAACCGUGCACCAAAACGACGGAUGGAUGUAG